CACACACUCACACACACUCACAAAGACAGAGCAGUGCUUCUUCAGCAGUGGCUCCUGGGAUCGUGCCACGCGCAUAUUGUGUAUUAUUCGGAUAUAAAAAUACAUUGAGUGAGAGAGAGAGAGAGAGAGAGAGAGAGAGAGCGAUGCACGAUGAAACAGACAGAGCAACGUGCGUGUGCUGUGUGUGUGUGGAAGCAAAAAGAGAGCUAAAAUUAUUGAACUGCAAAUUUGGGCUGUUAAACUUCGUUCGUGCUACCACAAAUAUGGUUCACUGUCGUCACUAACCGAAUGAUAUAGGGAACUACACAGACACAGACACAUACAAAAGAAGAGCUUUUGGCCAGCUUCCUUCAGGGGAAAAGGGUUCAAGGGGGCAAUGGGAGGGAGGGGGAUAGUUUUUGUGAUCCCUGCCCUUCAAUACCAAUGAUCGUAUACAAACGAGUGGCGUCGCAGCACAGUAUAAGCAAUAGGCAAUAGGGCGAGAGAGCUCAUUGAAUCCACUCCUCCUCUUCCCCCCCCCCCUUCCCUCUCCAAGGGGAACUGUUUGUGUGCGUGUGUGCGUGUGUGUGUGUGUGUGCGUGUGUGUGUGUCAGUCACAGCUUGAACACAUCCACUCGGUGAUCCAGUACCACACCAGAGUUCAAACCAGAGACUCGUCCAAUCUUCUACUUCUGAAACUUUGUACAUACAACAAUCAAAACACACUGCAUCCACUGCAACGAUCUGUAUGCUUGUGUGUGUAUGUGUGUGUGCGUAUGUGAGAAUGAGUGAUCUUGUGAGAUAUUUAGCAAAAACACAGAAGCCACAACCGCAACAGCCACAGCAGCAGCAGGAGUAGCAGCAGCACCACAACCACACAAUGCCAUCGUACCGGGACUCUCUCUCUCUCUCUCACACACACACACACUCGAUCCCGUGAUGGAAGAAUUGAUACAAAAAUAUAUAUAUUCCACCCUCUCGCCAGCGUGCUGUCGACCCCGAGAGUAGGGAAUGAGCAGACGGGAGAGAGUUUGGGCAGAAACAACAUACAAAUAAACAGGAGUUAGUAUAGUAAUAAUGCAAAAUACGCGCCACGAGACGACGCACGGAAACCAGGGGGAAGGGCCGGGUGGAAGAAAAAAACAAAAAAGAAACGCCAGAACGAAGUGGGAAAGCCGAAUCCAGUGAUUUUAUAGAAAAUACAAAUAACAAUUUUAAUAACGACCAAACUUAGUUAUACUAAAUAUAUAUACAUGAAAAUAUAUAUAUAUACAUAUACAUAUAUAUAUUAAAACAUAUUUUAUUGAUUGCUAAGCAAAAUUAUAGAGGGAAAAAUCAAACGAGAGGAAAGCGGAUAAAAUAGUAAAAAGAACGAGAUAGAGAGAGCGAGAGAAAACGGAGCAAAUCCAAAAACAAAAACUCUAGGAGAAAACUAAGCAAACAACAACGGCAACCAAACGUUGUUGUUGUCGUUCGAUCAAGACAAAGCGUGCAAGUGGCAGUGAAUAUACAUAGGGUACUAAUAUACAUAUAUACAUAAUAAGUAAUAACCAAAAUCGAGAUCGCUAAUCGAGGGACGAAAGGCAUGGUUCAGCAUAAGAAAGAAGCAAGUCGCGUUACAAGAAAAUGGAAGCAAUGGGCGGAAGAAGAAGAAGAAGAAGAAGAAGAAACAAUGCAUAACAUAAACCAUUAAUUGACUACUAAAACACCAACAAGUGCUAUUAGUAAUAGAAAUCGAAUAUUAUCAUAUGUUAUUGAAAAAAAAGUAAGAGGGAUAAGGUAUAAAUACAAUUACGAAUUAAAAGCAAGCUCACACAUACACAAAAAAUAACAUACACACACACAAACAUACAAACAAACAAACAAACAUACAUACAAACCACACAAGUUUAUAAAAUAAAGGGCAAAAAGAAGGAACACCAGGCCGAAGCAGAUCUAAUUGAAAAAGGGCGUAGUAAAAAACAUAGCAUGAAAGUGUGAUGGCGUUGGCACAAAAUGGCUACCAAUAAAGCAAGGAUCUAGUAGGUCAGAAUAAACAUACACACACUCAUACACAUUGACACAAACAAACCAAAAAACACGUGCAAAUAAAGCCAAGGGUAAGAAGGUAAGAAGAAGGUGGGCGUGCGGAUACAAAACAAGAAAAUAUCUAAAAUCGGUACCAUUCUCUGUACAUACAUUAGUUUGGUUCAUUACAAACGUUUUCGGGGUACUGUUUUACUUACUAUAAGUUCGGUGAAAAAAAAACAUAGUUACUGCCUUACAUAACUAUAUACAUAUAUACAUAGCGGUGUGUAUGUGUGUAUGGAUAUACAUAUAUACACACACUCCCACACACUUAUAUAUAUAUAUAUAUAUAUAUAUAUACAUAUACAUACAUAUGAAUAAAACUAAUUCGGAAUAAGCAAAAGAGCUACUAUUAUCGGAAAGAAGGCAGACGCAGGGGCGGGGCCGCUGCUAAAACACGGCUACAAAAGAACAUUAACGAACGGACAACACAACACAACCAAACAACGACGUGACAAAAACACACACAAAACUUGACGGUGGCACACAGACACACAAACACACACGAACCCAUUUGUAAAUACUUACCUGUAUACAAUUACUUCAGACGUGCAGAAAUGAAAACUGAAAAACUACAUUAAACAACAAACUUUAAACUAAAAACACCCAUAAAAAGGAUUUUAUAAGGAUAACGCUUUGACAGUAAUAUAAAAACACACCACUAACGAUUUUGAUUUAAAAAAAAAAUGACAAACAAACGACGCGCCUACUUUGAUCAUUAAAGCCCAACCAUCGGACUACGGAGACAGCAACGGACGCAAAACGACACCACUACGAACACACGCAUGCACGCAACGCAAACGCAAACGCCACGCUCAAAUGUACUACGCAACUACUACACACCUUCCCCAUACACCAAUACGUACACACAAGGAAACGGAAUCGGAAACAUUCUUCAAAAAAAACAAAAAACGGCAAGGUUACGCGUUCAGAACGGCGGUAAAAGUGGUCUUAGGAAUGCUCUAAACUCUUCUAGAUAUAAGUUCUAAUUCAAUACUACCUAAAACAUGAAACACCAAUCUCUCUAGGGUAUGAGGAGGAAGAGUUUUGUUUUCCUUUCAUUUCAUCGUUUUUCGUACGAGCGCUAGGAGGAACAAGAGUAAAACGGGGGAAAAAAGAUACAAUUUAAAAUGAAACGGAAAAACGAUAAAAAAUAAAAUCACAACCAAACUCUAAUCUAAUGAACGAAAGCAAACAAGCAAACCAAACUUACCACCCAGGCACGCGCGCCCUUGUCUGUGUGCGUGUGUACUGGGGUUAGUAGGAAGGUGCGGUGUGGCCGUACCGCGCGCAGCACAGCCAUUUACAGCACAAACAGCGGGAGGACAAAAAUCGAGAACUAGCAAACAAACAAAAAACGGUACUAGCUUAAGAAUUGAUUCUAGUGAAGCCCCACAACCAGUAGCAGAAUCGGGCCUGAAUUUAGCGGCUCAUUCCCGAGCGGUUCUAGCGACGAGGACGAGUGGGAUCUAGAUGGGAAAAGGAUACAUAUGUAGCGAGUAGUUUCCGUCCCGGCCCCCUUUCCCCAUGCAUCUUCAACACCCCAUCUUCAGCGUGCAAUUGGGGUUUUUAGGUAUGUAAGGUGUAGAAGAAGCAGCUACAGUGCGAAAUAAUGGCAGAACAUGGAAGCAAAAUGUGCAGCCAGCCACAAACGAUCGCCCUUUUUACACAUAGACAGGAACUAGGAACAACAACAGGCUCGUUUCCGUUCGGCUCAUCGAAUUUGAUCUCGUCUUACAUACACAUACACACACAUACGGUUUGUGUUUGGAUUUAUUCUCUUUUUCUCUCAAAGUCACCCCCCAGCCCCCUCCCCCUCACUUUACUCUUCACAUCUCUUAUGCAUUAUAAUUAUUAUUGUAAGUGAUUUCAACACAACACACAAAGAUAAGGAAAGAACCACAGCAAACACGCACACAACACACACAAACACCCACAAACAUAUGGAAAGCUGCGAAAAAACAGAAAGCGAGAAAACAUAAGAAAACUAAACCAAAAAUAAAUAUACUAUUGCUUGUACAGAGAAAGAGAGAUAACAAGUGGAGAGAGAGAACAAACCGAAAUUACACUCCAGUCCAGGCGAAGAAGCUGCGAAGCGAAAAGCCUCCCUCAACAUGCACACAUACACAUUCGUAAGCGUAUAAACGUAAGUAAGCCCAAAACUUCCUCCCAGAAACAAAAACACACACACGCACGCUCAUUUGUGUAAGUAAUAUUUGCAAAACGCAGAAAACGCAGAAAAGUAUCAUAAGAAACAAACUAUAUGUAAUAACUUAGUCAAGCAAAACGGAUUAAAUUAAAAUGUAAGAGAAAAACAAGAAAAAACAAAACCAAAACCCUAGAUAGUGGAGUAAAAAAAACAACAACAAGAAAGCCCGCAUAAAAUCGGUAAGCAAUAGCACAAACACACAUACAAACAAACAUACAGACAAAA